AUGAGACCAAAUUAUCCAAACCAAGUUAUGUGUACUUUAAAGAAUGGAGCAAAAAGAUUUGGAUAUAAUGGUGGAGAUAAGAAUGAGGUUAAAGAAGAUUGUACAUGUACAUCAAUUGAUGGAAAAUGGGAUAAAGAUGAUUGCACAGAGUUUUUACAGUAUUUCCAAGUUGUUGUUGAUUGUAGCUAUACAACAUACACAAAUGAACAUUAUGGAGGAUAUGCUUUCAAAGGAUGCAAAGAAAAUCAAUUACCAAUUGUUACUAUUCCUGAAUCAUCAACAGUGAUAUUAGAAGAUAUGAGAGUUAAAGAGAAUGGUGUUCAUUUUGAAGUUAGUGGAAAAUUAACUAUCAGUUUAACUAUUCCAUCAAGUUAUCCACAAAUUUUGCUCAACCAAGUUGGGUCUGGAACAAUCACAAUUAGUAGUGUUACUGUAGAAGGUGAUAUUCCAUUUGAUCAGUUAUUAUUUAUAAGUAACAGUGAUAGUGUUACUGCUAUUGGUUUAACAGGAUAUUGUAGUGGAGGAUCUUAUAGACGAUAUGCUAAAGAAGGUUCUAACGAAGAAGUGAUGUGUGACUGCCAUUUCAAUGAGAAUAUUUUAGGUGACUAUUACAGUGAAGUUGAUUGUGAAAAAGAUUCUGAGUAUAGAAAUUUAAUAUUGCCUACAACACGUGAAAUUACUGCACCUCGAACAUGGAAAUCAUUGGUAACUGAGUCAAUAUUUGACAUUUCAGGUAAACAUAAGUUAAAGGCUGGUUCAAUGACAGUAACCUGUUCAGGAAUUAUUAAAACACCAGUAGAAGUCACAACACUUACAAGUAAUAAAAAUAAUGGAAUAGUGUUUUUUGGAGAAUUGACAGUAACAACAAUAAAUACUGACAUUACAAAUGACGUUGUAUUACUUUCAUCAUCAAGUAAUGUUGGUUCAUUAUCAAAAAGUUGUGAUGGAAAGAUUAAUGGGUCAAGUAGGUUCUACACUGGAACAGAUCCAAAAUGUAAUUGUGAAUACUCUGAAAAGUCUUUCAAACAAAGAGAUUGUUAUGUGUUACCUAAAUAUGAAGAGUCAUACUUUUCUUUGGUUACUUCAAGUUAUAAACCAAUAAGAAAAGAGUAUUAUUCAAAUAUUAUAUCUACUUCAUCAUUCUCACUGAGUGGUUCUGAAACAUUAACUAUCCAGAGUUGUGAUUUUUCAUCAUUAAAGAGUGUCACAAUUGAAUCUUCUUUGUACUGUAAAGUAAUGAGUGUUGCAAAAACAACAAAAAUAAAAGUUUCUGCACUACUCACAGUUGAAACGUUCAAUAUCCCAUCAGAAAAGUACAUUAAUAAUGGUGCUAUUAUCAGUGUUACUUCUCCAGAAUACUUAUUAAUUAAAACAGUUUCUGGAAAUGUAUGUUCCGAUAUUGCAUCAUCCACAAAUCCAUUCAAUUCAGACACGUACAAAACAGUACAAGGAUGUACUUUAUUGUCAAACAACAAACUAUUAAGAUAUUGCCCUACUUCUAAUACUGAAGACACUGUCAAAUGUUUUAUGAAAGGAUCUGACUAUACAACAUCUUCUUCUUUCGACAAAGAAUAUUGUCCAUGCGAAUCAGCUAACUGCUACAUAUAUCCAACAACAACAUCUAUUGAUUUGAAAUUAAAACCAAUGGAAAACAACUUUGUGAUUGGAGGUACUUCUCUUACACAAGAAAUAACUAAUCUAAAAACCAUCACUGCUUUAAUAAUUACAUCAGACUCAAAAACUAUUAAUAUUUUAUCAACAGAAACAGCUCAUUUUCAGUCAUUAAUUGUUGAUGGAAAAAGUAAUACCAUUUCACUCGGUCAUUCAUCUAAUUUGAUUAGUAUAAAUAAAAUUAAUGUUAAUUCUGAACAGAAUCGAGUCAGUGUGUAUGCUCAAUCAAUUUCUUCCAUAUUUUCUAAAACAACAAACAUAAUUCAUAUUAUUAACCCAAAUGAAGUUAAUGUUAAUUCUAUGACAUAUGGAACAACAACAUUCAAUUCUAUAACAAGCAAAGACAUACUUAUAUCCAAUGAAGAGUCUUCAAUUUCAUUGACCUCAGAGGCUAAAAUAAAUUCUAUUAGUACAGAUGCUGUGACGUUGCAAUUCAAUUCUAAAGUGAUAAUUAACUCAAUAAACCCAACGGCAAUGGGAGUUUUAAUCAAAUUAUAUAAAAGUGAAAGUGAAAUUAAGUCAUCUACAGGAACAUACUUAUACACUGUCUAUUGUCCAUCAGCAAUAAGCAUUAAAAUAGGAAUGGAAAGUAAAACCCCAAUUUCACUUGAAUCUUAUGGAACAGUUGAAUUUACAUCAUCAACAAUCACUCUUGAUACAGUUAGUUCAGGAUCUUCAUCAAAUCUCAUCAUUGGAAGUGAUGUCACAACAUUCACCCUCAAUAAAAUUAUAACCCAAAAAACAUAUGGAGAGAUAUUUACAUUAUCUCCUUCAACAAACCAACUCACCAUUAACCUUGCAACAGACUAUGAUUCUAGUAUUACUAACCCAAUGAUCUUAUUCUAUACUAGAGCUCGAAGGGUUAAUAUUGAUAAACAGUGUGAUGGAGUCGCAAUCCUUUCAGGAAGUUAUUCUGACGAAAUUACAACAUGUAAAACACUUGGGCUGUACAACAGAGAGUGUAGACUGACUGAUUCUGGAUAUAUCUACAAUGAUUUCACUGAUUACUCAUGUCCAUGUUCAUCUACAAAAUCAAAUUGUAAAAUAUCAUUAUUUUCAUCUCAAUCUACUUACCAAUAUCCUACUGGACUCCAACCAACUACGUUAAUACUAGAAAGUGACACAGCACUGACAUCAAUAAACAACGUUAUUUACUUCAUUAGAACAUGGAUUUAUUCUUCAUUCACAAAUAAAGUCAAUGACAAUUAA